AUGGCGCCGUUGGUUCUGAGCGUGUCGUCAUGGCUCCUGGCUGUGCUCGAGACCAUGGCACUUGGGUCGGCUUCUCUUUGCCGAGGCAACUUCUGGGACUUCUACGCCAUAAUGAGCUUCAGCCCGGCAACCGGCAACAUGCCAAAGGCCGAGAUCUUAGCUAGACUCGAUCUUCAACCAGACUUCUUCUCUCGCCGCUACGAUAUCCCUGCACCCUACAUGGCACCGUAG